AGCAAAUGAAUUGAAAUUAAUUUUGGUUUUGGUUUAAAUAUGAACCGAAUCUGUUUUAGUAUUGGUAGAGAUAAUUAGGGCCAGCCCAAGACUCGCUGAAUUAGUAAUGUACAAUCAUCAAUAUUCAAUACCAACGAAACACGCAAAUAGAAAAAAAUGGGUGAUUAAGUAAUUGGGCCUAAGAGCCCAUUUAGGAUCGCAGAGUCAGAAUUGCCAUGAAAGUUGAUUUUGCUCUGGAAGUGAUUCUAGGGUUUGAAACAUAUCUGCCAUGAAAAAUCGGGAGCAGCAGAUCUCAGAAGAUCUCUAUUGAUGAGAAAAUCUUCGAACUCGUUAAGAGAAUAGUCAGACCCAAUCCCAGUUUAUCGAAAUGUUCUCUAGAGUCCCGGGAAAGUCUAUAGCUAGGUUUCGUUGCGUAUCGGAAUCCAUACUUGGUCAUCUUGAUGUCACGGAGCAGUUCCUAACUAAGUCUGUGUCUCAUCCACGGCUCUUGUUUUCCUUGGAAUAUACUGAAAAGUUCUUGGUUUUCUCUUCACCUCAACCUCAAAAACCAGAUGAGAACUCUUCUCUUGUAGCCACCCCUUAUAAGUGUUUUCCCAAAUAUUUUCCAACCAGAGUAUCUACCGCCCUAGGUGGAUUGGUAUUCCUUCAGAAUUUGGGAAGAAAAAAACCGCGGGUGAUAUGCAACCCCGUCACGGGAGAGUCUAUAACCUUACCCAAAGUGAAAACGACUGGUGUUGGAGAUAACUAUUUUGGCUUUGAUCCCAUCAGCAAACAGUUUAAGGUGUUGUGUAUGACUUGGUCACGUUAUGGAACACCCAAUACUCAUCGGAUUUUGACAUUGGAGACUGGAAAACGUUUAUGGAGGACGAUCCAAGACCCAGUAUCUCCCCAUUAUUCUUGGUAUGAUGGAAUAUGCAUAAAUGGCGUUUUGUAUUACGUAGCUUUUUUUAAAGAAUCUCGACGAUCUUAUAAGAUAGUUUGCUUCGACUUUAAGAUUGAGAAAUUCAGCUUUAUUAAAUUAGAUAAAGACAUGGUACGUGGUGAGAAGUUGACUUUGUUCAACUACAAAGGUGCAUAUCAGUAUGCAAAUUGGCUUAGAAAAGAAGAACUUGUGUUGUGGGUUCUAGAAGAUGCUGGAAAACGUAUAUGGUCCAAAAGUAUAUGCAUACUCCCACCUAUAGUCCACAACUGCCUGAUUGUUGGAAUGACGGGUACGGGAGAUAUUGUGUUUUCGCCGUUCGCGGGCGAUCUAUCAAUCCCUUUCUACAUUUUCUUCUACAAUAUCGAGAGCAAGACUUGUACAAGAGUCCAUAUUAAGGGAUUUGAAGAGUUUAAGCAUCAAUUUACUUUCGUUCACAUAUUUCUAGACUUUGUAGAGGAUAUGAAGUUUAUGUAAGUGAUGAGGUUCAAGGUUUUAUAACUUGAGACUAUAUUUUGGAUUUUCAAACUCUUAAAAAUAUGUAUUUCUUAAUAUUUUUUGGAUUUUAUCUUAAUUCAAAACAUAGCUAAUUUAAUUCUAUUAUAAUGUUGCAUACUUUAUACAUUGUUAAA